GAGAGAGCGAGAGAGAGAGAGAGAGAGAGAGAGAGAGAGCACCAAUCAGCACAAACGCACUCACCGCUCACAGGAUCACAGGAAGAAGGUGUGAGGUGUGUGUAAGGUGUAAGGAGUUAUCCUGAAGUUACACUCGGAGACUAAAGCGUCAUCAGAGCUCCAGUCAUGGCUGAAGUGGAUGACAGUCAGUUUUCUCUGAUGAGUCUGGAGGAUGAGCUGACCUGUAGCAUCUGUCUGAGCCCCUUUGACUGUCCGGUGACCAUCCCCUGUGGACACAACUUCUGCCAGGACUGCCUGCUCACCACCUGGAAGAACUCCUACAGCUGUCCUCAGUGUCGGACCGUCUUCGCUACUAAACCUGAGUUGAAGAAAAACACCGUCCUCAGCACUGUUGUGAACACCUUCAACUCGAGGUCCAACAAAGGCAAGGCCAGCCAGGUCAUAGAGGAGAGCAAAGAAAAGGAGAAAGAGGAUGUCAUACGCUGUGAUACAUGUAUGGAGGCAGAAGCGUCCCAGACCUGCCUGACCUGCAUGGUCUCUUUCUGUGAGGAGCACCUGCGACCUCACAGAGAAAAUCCAAACUUUCGCCUCCACCAGCUGAGCCAGCCGGUUCGUGACCUGCUAAGUCGCAUCUGUCCGCACCACCACAAGCUGAUGGAUCUUUUCUGCAGCAAACAUGGCUGUCCAAUCUGCAGCCAUUGCCUGCAACAGGCCCACAAAGACUGCCCCUUCAUUUCACCUGAGGAGCAGAGGAACCUGAAAGAGUCUGACCUGAGAGGCAACUUGUCGGUGCUGGACGGGAAGAUUACAAAGAAUGAGAAUGUUUUGUCUCAAAUGACAGACAUGCAGCUGAAACUAAAGGAUUCAGCUACCAACAGGAGGAAAGCUCUGGUGGCUGACUAUCAGCAGAUGCGGGAUAUGUUGGUCAGAGAGGAGCGGGAUGCUCUGAUUGCGGUGGACCAAGAGCUGGAGAGCGGGCAGACCAAAGUUAGUGUUUGGAAGAAGAAGUUCGCUGACAACAUCGAUAGUUUGAGCAAGGCUAAAGAAGACAUCCACAGUCUGCUGAGUCAGUCCCAAACUCUGGCCUUCCUACAGUCUUCAUUUGACAUGCCCAAAUCUGCAAACAUUGAACCUCACAUCCCUAAAAUCAACCUGGACUCCAAGAAGGUGACAGCAUCUCAGGCCUUUGCUGCUGCCCUGAAGAAUCAUCUGACUGACAUCCUCAAACAGCCAAUCGAGACCCGACAACUGACACCACAACCAGAACUAAACAUAGCUACUGUUGGAUCUGAUAAAAAAGAAGUUCCUGCUUCAGGACCUGCAAGUUCUGGGUCUCAGUCAGAAUCUGAUUCUCAGAAGCAGAAGAGAAAGCCCAGGUCUCACAGUCCAGGUCGCCCACCUAUUCAGCCAUUCCUCCAGUCAGUUCCUUCUUAUCAGUACAGAGGCGUGAAUCCACUUCAAUUUGGUCACGAUCCCCAAUGGUUUAUGGGGGCUCCCAGACUCCCCAGGCCCCUCAGCCCAGGAUCUCAACCAAAAGAGGGCCCAAAGAAGAGACCUCAAAAAAAUAAAAAAGGUAACCAGUCUACAGAAGACAAAAUGGGGAAAAAAAAUCUAGCCCGUUCAACAGAAAACCUGUUGGAUUUUGGUGGGAAAGACCAGCAUGGAGGACUGACUCCUGUAGCCGAGUCCACACAGAAACCAGGAACUGUGGACAUCCCCCCUAACCUAACAUCUUCUGAAAAAAGAAGUGAUCUUCUGAAAUAUGGCACCAUUCUCACUUUGGAUCCAAAGACGGCUCACAAACGCAUCGUACUGAGUGAGGGCUUGACUGUAGCUUCGGUGUCAGAUGAACACGCAGACUACCCUGACUGCCCUGAACGCUUCUCUGUCUGCUCCCAGGUGCUCGCCUCAAAAGGUUUCUCUAGAGGUCGCCACUAUUGGGAAGUCAGACUGAGCAGCAACAACUUUGUUGGCAUAGGCUUGGCUUACAACAGUGUUGACCGCAAAGGUCCCACCAGUCGACUGGGCCGCAACGCCCAAUCCUGGUGUGUGGAGUGGUUUAACGUCAAGCUGUCGGCUUGGUUUAACAGCAGUGAGACUGUGCUGGAAAAUCCCAAUUCAAAGCGUGUGGGUGUGCUGUUGGAUUGUGACAAUGGCACUGCUACGUUCUAUAACGUGGCAGACAGGGCUUAUCCCUUCCACUCCUUUGUCUUCCCCUUUGCUGAAGCUGUUUAUCCAGCUUUCUGGAUUUUUUCCAGUGGCUCUUCCGUAACUUUGUGCAAGCUGCAGUAGUAGUGUGGAUGCAUAUGCACAUACUGUAACACUUCAAUCAGUAGCCAGGGCUUUUAUUUAAUUCCGUCUAUGAAAUGGCCCUACCUUUAUUUUGGGAUAGGCGACAAUAUGACACCUAAAAUUAUUUUGAAACAAAACUUGUGGGACAGCAAAGGGUUUGAUCUCACUUCUUUUCCCAUCUAUCCCAACUUGCUGCUCUGACCCCCGUUAAUAUGAUCCCUAAUGAAUGCUGUGCUGGCCUACUGAGCUGUCUAAACAUAUCAGAAUGCCUGGUUGUUUAAGGCAGAUGUUGUAGUGCUAAAACCUCCCAUGAGAGAUGGAAAAAAAACAUUAGUUUUCACAAUGUCAACAAUUAUUUCCAUCUGUAAAGCAAGCACAAGCAGAAGCAUCCUCCGUCCCUCACUGAGGUCUAAAUGUCUUUAGUCUUUAUCCAGAAUUAUCAUGCAGGAGACUCUUAAGAGGCGGUGCUCACAUUUGUGGAUGCACACGCACAAUCUCCAGCUGAUCUUCAACCCUGUUUAUCACACUCGUCGAACACUAGCAUUGUUCAGUCUUGCUCGGACAGAUGUUGAAGUUCCUCUUCAUUUUUUUGUGCAUUGCUGCAUGUUUUCCUUGUUUUUUUUAUUUGCAAACUAUUUCAACAGUAAAUGUGUUGAAAGCCUCUUAAGGCCUCUGUUUGAGACCUGCGUUUAUUCAUCAAAGCAUGCGGAUACUCCAGGCGAGGACUGGGCCUGAAAUUAGGAUGGGCUUUUAUUUUAAGUUUUAUGGUAAAUGGGAUAUUCAGGCCCACACAUGCACAGCCAGCCGUUUUCCUCUGUCAUUAUUAAUGGGAAUACAAGGCUAGAGUGCUAGUUAUAUUUGGAGGGCCAGACUUGCAGGUCUGAUGCAGAAAAAAAUAAAGCAAGGAUAGGCCCAUUUAUUUUUAAAAACCUUUUUCACUAUAUAACAGUAGUCUAUAAGUCAAGUGUUCUGACAAGAACAAAGAAACCAGACAUGAGGGUAUCUACCUUUUUGCAGGCUUUAAUAGGAGUGUCUAAGGCAGUAUAAAAUAAUGGCUCACUUCCCAGGCUAGUGUCCGACCUGCUGUCCUGCAUACACUCCCCUUGCAGAAUUUUUUAAUGGGACCUUAAAAAAAAGAGCUGAUGGUCGCUAUGGUGAAUAAUGCUUCUAAAUCCUACAUGUGAGGUCUGUGUGGCUGUAGGUUUUUUUUUUUAAAGUUUCCAACUUCUAAUAGCAGAGCAGCCUCUGUGUUUCAAAUGAAACCUUUUUUUUACUAUUGCGACUAGGCUUGCAAAUAAUGAACUUUGCAUACACAGUAUGCAUGCAGUCUGGAUGCACUAUUUAUAACAGUGCGUCUUGAGUUUCAAAAUGAAACAGGAUGUAGUAUAACACCCUGGUAUUUUUGGCAGAUUGCAUGUAACAUACGUGUAUUGAGACAUGCUGAGUUUUUUUUAUUUUUCCUGAGAUACUAAAUGUUAUCCAGCUCAACCGAAAGCAUGUGGUGUGUUAAGCUAAUUCAACCAGCCCUGUUGAAAUGGUUUAUUCUUUACAAGACGUUUAGCUUGACAGAGAUUUGUCUAAGUCGUAUCUUAGAUCUUUUCAGCAGUGUACUCUAUGGAACAACAUAUUGAAGCUUCUCAUCUUCAUCAUGAAAAGUGAAUAUAUUGUGUGAAUCAUCCAGCCUUACAUAGUCACUGCCUCAACUCUUUGAUGAGAAAACGAGUCAUAUAGACUCUGUUCUUAUCACGUUAUGAUUAGGGAUAUUCCUAGUCUGAAUGUUAUUUCCCUGUAAAUUGAUGGGAAUUUAAAUUCAAAACAGUCGACUAGUCUUGAGGCAUGAAAACAGUCAGAAUGGAGCACAGCUAAUUUAACACAGCCCCAUAAAUGUCAAAGUCAUAUUGUGUGUAGCCGAUUUAAUUGCUAUUUCAAACAGUUUUUCACAUUCUCCAAAUUCACAGCUAUUUUAUAUUACGUUGAAAUAUGUGGCACUUUGGAGCGUUUUACUACUCUGCAGGUUAACAAUGUAAAAUUGGUUUGCAGAGUGUGGCUGAUGUUGGCAGUGCCAGCACUAUCUGUCAUUUGGUCCUCCUUGCAGGUUUUCAUCCGUAUACCUGUGCUGAAUGUGGUUUCUCAUUGCUCUGGUUGAGUGGUGAUGUGUAACCUGUCCUGCCCAUUACAACAUGCCAUCCAAUCCUCCACAGUGCUGUCAUCCGAGCAGGUCGAGCAGGUCCAUUACCCGGCCACACACUGCUUUGUGUUGUUUGGCCGCGUUACAACUUAGACACAACAUUAAACCAGCAUAGUGGUUCUACAUUAAUGAAAAUAAUCAUUAGUUUUACCAACUAAUAAUUCUGGUGCGAACUACCGAAGAUGAUGACUUUUAAUCUUUUUUUCGACUUAUUGCAUCCCAUCCUUCGUUGUGAUUGUCUUGUCUCUUUUUAUUGAGGUCAGUAGGAAAGGCAUGACGUGCAACAAGGGUCCUUGGCCAGAUUUUAACCCCGUGAUGUCAUGCUUGCAAGAUAGUGUUUCCCAUAGAAGAACAAUGUUAUUUCAUUUUAUAUCUAUGGUUGGAAACUUACAAGCCAUCAAAAUGCUCUGUUGGCUUAUCAAUAAGGAAAUGGUAACGUGUAGUCACAGUUUCACAAAGUGAUACAAAGGACUACAGAAGUUGUUUGUCAAAGUACAACAAUGCAUGCUCCCCCUGCAGGUACGACAAACUGCUGAGGUAUAGAUCAGUAGAUAUCUGUCAUCACAACAUGUCUCUCUUCGUUCUUUAUGACAAAGGUGUAACCUCACUGCAUUUAAGGGGUUCAGGGGACGCUGUUGACUUAACGAAUACGCCUUUAAAGCUUCGGACAUGAUAUCUGCUAUAACAUGUAAAUCAGCUUACUGUUGGUAAAGAAAAAGAAUCUGGUUUUCUGGGUCCAACUUUUAUUUCUGUUUCGUACCAAUGCUUAAAAGGUCCAACACUGUAAAGUGUGAACCAACCGUGUUAAAUCUGCCGUUUUCUCUGUUUGCUGUCGCUUAUUGGGGGUGUUGGGGUUUUGGGCGUUGGGUUGUGUGAGCUAUUCCAUUGGAUCAUAAGUGACCCAAGAUGUAAUAUUGUGUUGACAGUGGUUAGCUCCUAAAAUAUUGAUGAUACAUGCAACAUUAGAUGUUGUUUUGCAUUAGUGGUAGUGUGGCUCAUUGUUCUUUGCAUCAUUUAUUGUGAAUGGUCUUAAGUUGAUUGGUAAAGUUUGUUCCCCUUAUGUACAUGAUUAUCCUCAAAUGUUAAGGAUUAUUGCUUUGACAUGUAUUAAUAAAGGAUCUUUUUUCUCCAUCAUA